AUUUUAUUGUGUGUACCUGUUGUAAUGUAGUAUUUUUAUAUUUUCUUUCCUUACAAAAAUGAAUAACGACGAUAUUAAGUCCGUAGUUCAAGAGAAAUUUCUCUCAAGUGAACGGGUAACAGCAUUCCUAAGUGAUGCCAAAGUAUUACAUCCAGAAUGGGUUAAAAAGGACAGACUUUUAGCCAUUGUGGAAUAUGGAGAUGAAAAGGCCGUCUUCUGCUUACACACGUCCUCCUAUCCUCCUAAAUCGUUCACGGACUUAUCUAUAGAAAUAGUUUUACCAAUCGACAAUAGCUUUAAAUGUGAAAUUGACAACAAACCAUCGGAUCCUGAAGCCAUCCUGUACCUGAAUCUUCAAUCGCGCAACAAUAAGUUUAAAUUUGAAAUCCAAAUGACCACUCGUGUAGAUAGUUUCGUAGAUGAUCUGUUUCGAGGUAUCGAAGCUGUUAGUAAAAUGCCAACACCACCUGAGUUUCUAUGGCUAAAGAAAUAUCAUGGCAAGAACGAGGAUGAAAUCUUAAGGCAAACUAUGGUUUUGCCAAGAAGUGGUGUUGUAAAUACACAGGCCCCAGUUGCCAUAAGGGAAAGUCUUAUAAAACGCAAAAUGUGCGAUAAAGAGUUUGAUUACACAUUUACCAAAAAAUUUACAGUAUUCUGUGGUACUUGGAAUGUCAAUGACAAAUCUCCAGUGAUUCCAUUGAAAGGUUGGUUGAGUAUAGAUAAGGAACCUCCUGAUAUCUAUGCAGUUGGUUUCCAGGAACUUGAUCUAUCUAAAGAAACUUUUCUCUUUGACCAAACUUUCAGAGAGGACGAAUGGUACAAUGCAGUGAUUGCAAAUGUGGAUCCAAGGGCUAAAUAUGUAAAAGUUGAGAAAGUGAGGUUGGUAGGAAUGAUGUUAAUAGUGCUUAUUAAACAAAAAUAUGCCUCCCAUGUAAGAAAUAUUGUUUGUGACACAGUGGGCACAGGUAUCAUGGGUAAAAUGGGUAACAAAGGUGCUGUGGCUAUGAGGUUUGAUCUUCAUAAUACAUCUUUAUGUUUUGUCAACUCCCACCUGGCUGCACACGUGGAAGAAUAUGAGAGGAGGAAUCAAGACUUUAGGGACAUUUGUAGCAGAACGAGGUUCAUCCAACCCAAUCAGCUGCCUAAAGCUAUAAAAGAUCAUGACCAUAUUUAUUGGAUUGGUGACCUCAACUACCGUAUCACUGAGUUGGACCCCACCAACGUUAAGAAGCUGGUAGGUGAAAAUAAUUUUACCCCAGUCCUUGAGUGGGAUCAGUUGAAACAGCAGCACAAGACUAAUAAUGUGUUUGCUGGGUAUACAGAGGGCCCAAUAACAUUUAAGCCCACAUAUAAAUAUGACCCUGGCACUGAUAAUUGGGAUUCUAGUGAAAAAAAUAGAGCACCUGCUUGGUGUGAUAGAAUAUUUUGGAGAGGAGACAAUAUCACACAAUUAGCAUAUAGAAGUCAUCCUGCUUUAAAUAUAAGUGAUCACAAACCUGUGUCUGCCAUAUUCACAUCCUCUAUAAAAAUUAUAGAUGAGGAAAAAUACAGGAAAGUAUACGAAGAUGUGAUUAAACAAUUGGAUAAGAUGGAGAAUGAGCUCAUCCCACAAGUGAAAGUUGAUGUGACUGAAAUUGACUUUGGAAUGGUGCGCUACCUAGAACUACAAGUUCGCACCAUUACAAUAAAAAACAUAGGAAAAUUGCCAGUGGAGUUUGAAUUUAUUAAAAAAUUAGAUGAAACAAGCUUUUGCAAGGAAUGGUUGAUUGUGGAACCGUACAAAAAAUGCAUAUGUGCUGAUGAGACAUGUGAAAUCCAACUUAAAGUGCUUAUUAAUAAGACUUCUGCUUGUAAAAUGAAUGCUGGAACUGAUAAGUUGUAUGAUAUUUUAGUAUUGCACCUGUAUGGAGGUAAAGACAUCUUCAUAACAGUUAAUGGAACUUACCAAAGAAGCUGUUUUGGCUGUUCUAUUGAGGUGCUUGUUAAUCUCAACAUGCCUAUCAGAGAAGUGCCAGUUGGGAAGUUAAUUGAGUUAGAAAGUAAGAGAGAUCAGUGUGUAUCAAACCAGUCUACUUAUUCCAUUCCCAAAGAGAUUUGGUUCUUGGUUGACCAUAUUUACUUGCAUGGCUUGAAGGAGCCCAAUUUGUUUGAGCAACCUGGCCUCCAUUCUGAAGUUCUACAGAUUAGAGAUUGGCUGGAUAAUGGCUCAGUGGAUCCUAUCCCAGGGAGUAUACAUUCUGUUGCAGAAGCUCUUCUACUGCUCUUAGAGAGUACUGUAGAUCCAAUUAUCCCUUACAACCUGCAGUCAGUAUGCUUGAGAGCAUCCGCUAAUUAUUUACAAUGCAAACAGAUUGUCAUGGAGUUGCCAGAAUUUAGGAAGAAUGUGUUCUUGUACUUAUGUGAAUUUCUACAAGAAGCAUUACAGCACAGUGCUGACAAUGGCCUUGAUUCCAAAACGUUGUCUACUUUAUUUGGGGCAAUAUUCCUUAGAGACAAUCCCAGUCAGAUUCAGGAACCACAAUCUCGAAUAAACAAGCAAGUUAUAGACAAGAAAAAAGCCCAGUUUGUUUAUCAUUUCCUUGUGAAUGACCAUAGUGAUUUAAUUUUUAGUAGAUAAUGUGUAUGUUUAAUAUUAUUCCUUUAUUCUAAUACUCAUUUUUCCAUUCGUUUUAAUAUAAAAUUAAUUUAUUUUUUUCUCAAAUAAGUAUUAUAUUAUAGUUACUUAAAUCAAACUUAACAUUAAUUGAUGUUUGUCAUCGACAUAGACUAUAAAAUAACAUUAAUUAAUUAUAAUAAUUAUUUAAAUAUGUUGAUAUAUAAAAUAUAGAGCACAUCCCAUGCACAUAGGCAUGAGUUUAAAAAUUGUACCUUAAAGUAUGAUAAAUAAUUAUCGAAAUGAUGUAUGUCAGGUUCAUGACAUUAAAAGUAUCCACAUUUUUGUAUCCUUAUGUCAACUACUGCUAUCACCAGGGUGACCAAUAUACAGCAAGAACCUUGUAUGAGAUCAAAUUUGUUAUUAUUCACAUUGGCCAGUUUUAGUAUAAAAAUAUGACAAAGCAUUUAUACACUUAAAUUUCUCAUGAUUUUGAUAAAAAAAAAUGUAAUAACUUUGAGCUGUACAAAGAUCUUUUGUAUUAUUUAUACUAUUUAUAAUAAAAUUAAAUAUAGUGUAAUAUAACAUUAAAAUUUAGAAAUAGUUGAAACCCAUAUGCCAAAUAUUUUUCAAUUGUUAUAAUCACUUGUUACUACCAUUCAUAAUGAAGAGUAUCAAUGUGUUUAAUGUGUACUUUUAUAUUGAAACAAUUUAUGUGUACCAUCAGUGAUUUAGUUAAUAAAAUCAAGUACAGGUUUUAUUAAGUGUCAACAGGUAUUGUAUACUGCUCUUCAACAAUCAAUAUUAUCCAAUCUACCUUAAACCCUAGUUGUUGGAUUUAAAGUUCAAAAAGAUAUGCUGUUGGGCAUACAAGCUCCUUGUAAUUAAU